AGGAUCUUCCAUGACCAAUUGAAGAGAAUCUGUCAUUGGAGAUUGUUAGAAGAAAAGUUGUGUGGCUUCCAGGAGAAAGCAUUCCACAUCUUCCACUGGCUCACCUGCAGAGCUUCAUCAUUGCUCCACCACGCUGACUGACUUUCUGCUUGGAAGCUGCAUUUCAUUUCAUUUUGCUCUGACCCCAAUCAAUAAUUUACGACAGUAGGGAUUUAUUCUGAAGACUGGAAUUUAUCCUGUCAUUUCUGAUGCUUGCCAGAAAGGCACUAAGUAAUGCUCACCGAAAAGGACUUUUCCAUUUUAUCUGGCAUUGGGCGAUGCCAGCCCCCAGGAAGACAACAAAUUCAGGUGGGACUAGUAAUGCCGAUUUCCCCUCUGCGGAUCCCGGUAUGUACCAGCUGGACAUUACUUUAAGAAGAGGACAGCAUUUAGCAGCACGAGAUCGCGGAGGAACCAGUGAUCCGUAUGUCAAGUUCAAACUUGGAGGAAAAGAGGUAUUUAGAAGUAAGACAAUACACAAGAACCUCAAUCCUGUGUGGGAAGAAAAAGCUUCCAUUCUUAUAGAGCACCCCAGAGAACCUUUGUACAUAAAGGUCUUUGAUUAUGACUUUGGACUUCAAGAUGACUUUAUUGGUUCGGCAUUUUUGGAUCUGACUUCAUUGGAAUUGAACAGGCAAACAGAUGUUACCUUGAGCCUGAAAGAUCCUCACUACCCUGACCAUGAUCUGGGAAGCAUUUUGUUGUCGGUGCUUUUGGCUCCUAGAGAGGAGCAGCGAGAAGUAACAAUGCUAAUGAGGAAGAGUUGGAAAAGAUCAAGUAAGUUUCAGAGCCAGAGCUUGCGCCUCUCGGAUCUGCACAGAAAAUCUCAGCUCUGGCGGGGUAUAGUUAGUGUCACGCUGAUAGAAGGUCGGGAACUCAAGGCAAUGGAUGCGAAUGGGCUGAGCGAUCCCUACGUGAAGUUCCGCUUGGGGCAUCAGAAGUACAAGAGCAAGAUUGUGCCAAAAACUUUGAAUCCUCAGUGGAGGGAGCAGUUUGACUUUCAUCUCUAUGAAGAACGAGGUGGAAUUAUUGAUAUUACCGUGUGGGACAAAGAUGCUGGCAAAAGGGAUGAUUUUAUUGGCAGGUGCCAGGUUGACCUGUCGACCCUCAGCAAAGAGCAGACCCACAAGCUGGAGCUGCCGCUGGAGGAAGGAGAGGGGCUCCUGGUGCUGCUGGUCACCCUGACGGCCUCGGCUGCCGUCAGCAUCUCCGACCUCUCAGCCAACUCCUUGGAGGACCAGAGAGAGCGAGAGGAGAUACUAAAGAGAUAUAGUCCAUUGAGAAUCUUCCAUAACCUGAAGGAUGUGGGGUUCCUGCAGGUGAAGGUCAUCCGAGCUGAAGCCUUGAUGGCAGCUGAUGUCACAGGUAAAAGUGAUCCGUUUUGUGUAGUUGAAUUGAAUAAUGACAGACUGCUGACGCAUACUGUCUACAAGAACCUCAAUCCUGAAUGGAACAAAAUCUUCACGUUCAAUAUCAAAGACAUCCACUCGGUUCUCGAGGUGACAGUUUACGACGAGGACCGCGAUCGGAGCGCCGACUUCCUGGGCAAAGUUGCCAUACCGCUGCUGUCCAUUCAAAAUGGUGAACAGAAAGCCUACGUCUUGAAAAACAAGCAGCUGACAGGGCCAACAAAGGGGGUCAUCUAUCUUGAAAUAGAUGUGAUUUUUAAUGCUGUGAAAGCCAGCAUACGAACCCUAAUGCCCAAAGAGCAGAAGUACAUUGAAGAGGAACACAGACUGUCCAAACAGCUGCUGUUAAGAAACUUUAUCCGCAUGAAGCGUUGUGUCAUGGUGCUCAUAAAUGCUGCCUAUUAUGUUAACAGCUGCUUUGACUGGGAUUCACCCCCAAGAAGUCUCGCUGCUUUUUUGCUGUUUCUUUUCGUUGUUUGGAACUUCGAGCUCUACAUGAUCCCACUGGUGUUCUUGCUGCUGUUGGCAUGGAACUACUUCUUGAUCGUAUCAGGGAAAGACAACAGGCAACACGAUACAGUAGUGGAGGACAUGCUAGAGGACGAGGAAGAAGAGGAUGACAGAGAUGACAAGGACAGUGAGAAGAAAGGAUUUAUGAACAAACUUUAUGCUAUCCAGGAGGUAUGUGUCAGUGUCCAGAAUGUCCUUGAUGAAGUGGCUUCCUUUGGAGAAAGGAUAAAGAAUACGUUCAACUGGACUGUCCCCUUCUUAAGCUGGCUGGCAAUUGUUGCCCUCUCCGUGUUCACAAUCAUCCUCUAUUUCAUUCCACUGAGAUACAUUGUCCUUGUCUGGGGCAUCAAUAAAUUUACAAAGAAGCUUCGAAGUCCGUAUGCAAUUGAUAACAACGAGCUACUUGAUUUUCUGUCCAGAGUUCCCUCAGAUGUACAAGUGGUGCAAUAUCAUGAACUGAAACAAGAUCCCAGUCACAGCCCGAGCAAGAGGAAGAAAAACAAUCCUGGCUAGCCAGCUUCAUGUCCUGAAGAGACUAGCAUCUGCUGGGGGAAGAUAAAAGCAAAAGCCUACAGCCUAAGCAGCAUUUCCUUUC